UGACCGUAGUGGUUUCGGCGGCGUUUCAAUAAUGACAUACCGAAUUGUUUAGGGAAUAAGUGCUCUAAUUAUAUUAAAUAGUGCAAUGUCCACCAAUGUGUUAAAUGUGAUGUUUUUCCCAGUAGUUUUAACACGUAUAGCUUCUUGCGAAAUGAAAUUGUACCUAUAGUUAGACUGAGUAUUCACCGGCGGAGCUUGCCCACAACGAAACCUCGCGCAUCAGCAAGUGACUCCUUGAUGAUGUACCAAAACGAAGAACGUUGACCAUCAGUGAAUAUAUAUAGCGUUGUGCAAAAAUCUCUCGAGCAAACUUUUUGUGUGGUGAUGUGCUUUUAAUAAAUAAUUUGGACUUAUGAUUAUGGAGAUGACCAACGAUUCCGCGGCGGUCGGACGAUGGUACGAGUCCCCGCGUACGGGAACAUCUGCAAGUCCGGCGCAAGGCGGACUCGAGGGUAGCAGUUCCGAUUUAAACUCUAGUGUCGCCGAGCACAUGGGCUUCUUUUUGGAUCCUUCCGGUACGCAAAGGGCGGCGAGGUAUUACCACCAGAGUAUGCAUUCGCCGUAUGGAAGCGUCGCUGGACACGCAUCAAGAAUGUCAUCGAGCCAAGUAUGUCGACCGCACUUCCACGCGCCUCUUCACCCAUGGUUAUCCGACGGUGCCAAACCGUUGACACAUUCGGGUCCCUGGGUUCCUUUCGGCGGCGCGGACCCCGACAGUAAAUCUCAAUCGCCGUCGUCGGGUCACGCUCAGCCGCCUAACCUCUUCUCGUUUCCACCCACGCCGCCCAAGGACAGUACGCCCGAUUCGGUUGUACCAACGUCGGGCGGUUCGGAGUACCAAAGUGCUGUAGCGGUAGCGAUGGGUGCCUUCAUGCAUGAUAAUCAGCAAAGCUGCGCUCUGGACGUGAAACCGUCGACUGUUUCAAACAAACAACGCGAAGGUAGUGAAUAUGAAGGGGCCUCCUCCGGCAUGUUUAAUGGUAACUUUGAAAGCUCGUACGGUGCUGCGUAUGGCCACGGUAUUCACGGGGCCGCGUACUCGCCCCAGACUAAGCAGAGUUUGGUGUCGCAGAACGCGCAAUCGCCCAACAAACCUCGCAACAAAUCGAGAACCAGCGCCGAGGGGCGAGAGUGUGUCAAUUGCGGUGCGACGAGUACGCCACUUUGGCGACGCGACGGCACGGGGCAUUAUCUAUGCAACGCUUGCGGAUUAUACUACAAGAUGAACGGACAGAACAGACCCCUCAUCAAACCAAAAAGAAGACUGAGCCUACAGAGUGCGGCAAGAAGGGCGGGUACGAGUUGUGCCAACUGCAAAACGACAACUACAACCCUUUGGAGGCGCAACCAGAACGGGGAACCAGUUUGCAACGCUUGUGGACUUUACUAUAAAUUACACAAUGUUAAUAGGCCCCUGACGAUGAAAAAGGAGGGUAUCCAAACGAGGAAUAGGAAGUUAUCGUCGAAAAGUAAAAAGAAAAAGGGUGGCGGCUCGUGUCUUUCCCUCGGUGGCGUUAUGAGUGAUAUGAUGAAACCUUUAGAUAGUAGUAAAGGUGCCUUCGGUGGGGGUGGUUUUGGCGGCGGUAUGGGCGGAGGACAUCCACAUCUUAACCCCGCUUUACAUCCGCACCACGCCAUGAGUCACUGGUAUCAGCAUAGCGGUCACCACCAGGGCUUCGUUUCGGGACCUCCGCCGCCCGCGCCUCCCCCAACAGCUUCGUAUCACCACCACAUGAGUUCGCUUAGUGCGGCUGGUCUUGGACUGACAUCUAACGGAAUGGCUGGAUGGAGGUCGGAAUACACGUGAUAAGUUGCUGUUAAGUGCGACUGAAACUUUUAUGGGUAUUACAAAACAAAUUGAGCAUUUGUAGACAAAGUAUAACCAUUAUUCGCAUAAUAAAACCACGAGGAACGUUUAAGAUGUAUAAUAUUUAUUGUUGAUUUGUAAAUUUUUUGUUUGUUUUUCUUUUCUACAAAGAGCUCUUGUGUAUAAAUAAAGUUUGUUCAACGAUUUUGCGACCACGCCUGUAUAUAUUAAUGUAAAUUUUUGAGUACAAAGUUGCGAACGCGUUUGUAAUGUAUUGUAUAUAGAUGUUAGAUAAUGUUUUUAAGACAUUUUUAUUGCGAGUGAAUGUGUAAAUAAUGAGUAUUACAUAAUGUGCAAUCUUCGCGUUUAAAAGUUGUGACUAUUUAUGUGUGCAUGAUAAUAAUAUAAAGACAAAUCUGGUUCAUUCAAGAUACUUUUCAUGCCUAAGUGGAAAUUUGUGAUCAUUUUCUUUAAACGGUUGGACCAGAAGUAAUCUGCGAUAAUCUUGUAAAUAAAAUGGGUUCAAACCAUCAAUUCGUGAUUAUUUCAUUUUUAUUACGUGAAAAGUAUUUUAUGAACCAAAUCAACACGUAUAGUAAUAAUUAUUAAAGAAAAGAUCAAAAACUAUGUAAAUAAAA